AUGAUCAAAACACCGUUCUAUGGAACUGACGUUGGUGAUCGUGUUCAAUUACAGAAGGUCCUACUUUUAGGAUCAUCAGACUUUACUAUUAUCGGUCGACCAAUUUUACCAGUGCAUCAGGUGUAUGUUGAGGCUGUAGUGAUUGAAAAAACUCUUGGACACCCUAAAGUUUGGUACCAGUUCCAUCGUCGUCGUAAACACCACAAACUGCGAGUAUUCCAGGGGAAUGUUACUGUCCUUCAGAUUAUUGAUGUUCGUCCCAAUACAUUAGCAACUCAUUAAAUUAAUCCUUGAAUAUACGCUUACUCGUUAAAAAAUAUUUAGGCUUUUGUAUACUUUUAAAAAUCCGUUUUCUGCGAUUUUUGUUCAUUUGAAGUAUUUGAUAGUGUAAACUACUGCGGUACUCAAAAAAGUAUAUAUUCUCCGAAUCAUGUCAAAGUUUGUUUCUUUCCCUCUCUCUCUGUCGAUGAAAAUGUAUUUUCAUCAUAACAGGCUCGAAGGAAAAUAGUCUCAAACUUUGAUUUCAUAAUAUGGUAAAAUGUCUAGCUUAAAGCAUCAAGAAAAGGCAGAGAGCAUGUACUUUAUACUUUUCAUGGUAUUGUAAAGUUUAUUACUGUAACGUUAGUCUUUGUACUCUAGGAUUCUGACAGCCUUCAUCUCAGGUUGAAAUGACAACAUGUUUCUGAUUUUCCCUCCUUUCAAAUGAAAGAUAAUAUCCUAUGCUUUUAGAAGUGAGUUUCGAGGGUGGUUACUUGACCUUGGUUACUCAUCAUUCUGCGUAUUUCAAGCGACUAUUUCAAAGUCAGUCAUAUAUGAAACUGUUUUUAUCGGUUUUAAUCUCUUCAAAAGCUCGUAACCCAAACUUAGUGAAUAUUAAGAAUCAAAUAAUCAUAAAAGAAAGCAUCACCCUUAAAAUCUAACAGUUUGUAACAGGUUUUAUUGGCUUAUAAUUUAUUUACUGGACAACAGAAGUUAAUUAAAAGUAAAAGUAAAGUUUACCAAGUAUUCACUCAUUGUUUGGUCAAAUUUUUAAUUGCCAUAUAAAU